UAUUACACAGCACAGUACAGUUGUGAUUUUAUUAAAUAGCUUGACGUAUCUUAAUUGAACAAAAAUGUUGGACAAGGAGUACGAUAAAGUACCCAUUGAGGACAUUGAAAAAAAAUUCAAUUCCAAUGACAAAGAACCUAUCAAAUAUGGUUAUGGAGUGCGUCACACACAAGCUCUUCUCUACUUUAUGUGUCUCGCCCUAGGCUACAUAUCGCGUGGCCAUUUAGGAGUUACAAUUGUUGGAAUGACAAUGGUCGACCACGAUGCUCAGAAGCCCAUAGCUGUAUCGGAAUCUGCACACAUUUUUGCAAACAGUACAAUUAUAGAUACAGUAACCACAACUGAAGGUUCUAUUGUAAAUAAAACAACAGUUAAUGAUUUAAAAGAAAAUAUAACAUUAACAGAUGAUAAGACAGAUGCUAAUCAUUGGAAUGUUUAUAGAACUUACGAUUGGCCUAAAUCAAUUCAAGAAAUGGUACUUGGGUCCUUUUUCUUAGGAUACAGCAUAAUGAUGUUCCCUGUUGGUAUUGUAUGUCAGCGUUGGGGCGGAAAAAUCCUUCUUCAGAUUGCUAUGUUUGUAAAUGGAGUUGUAUCAUUUUUUACACCCUGGCUUGUCACAUGGGGUGGUUGGAAGGUAUUGUGUAUACUCCGUACAAUGCAAGGACUUUCACAAUCCGGCUUGUACCCGGGUAUCCUUACUUUAUUAACAAAUUGGGUACCUGUAAGCGAACGUGGAAGUCUCUGUAGCUAUGUCUACACAGCUUCCGGGUUCGGCACUGUCAUAGCGUUCCAGGCAGCUGGUAUCCUUGCAUUUAGUAGAUUUGGAUGGCCGUCCACAUUCUGGGCUACCGGAGUAGCGUGUUUUAUUGGAUUUAUUUUAAUUACCAUUUUCGGUGCCGCUACUCCAAACGAUCAUAAGUCCACAUCAGACGCUGAGAAAAAUUACAUUAUGGGAGCAACAAGUAAUAGCGUUGAAACGAAAUCCAAAGUUCCGUGGAAGUCCGUUGCAAAGUCUAUACCCGUAUGGGCCACCAUCAUUGCACACAUGGGCAAUGCUGUUUGCUUCGUGUUCUUCUUCAUGCAAGUACCGACAUAUGUGUUCGCGAUUUUAAAACUCAACAUUCGAAACAGUGGCUUAUUAUCGUCUUUACCAUACUUCGCUUCGUUCUUUUCGUCGAUCGCCUUUGGCUAUCUGUCCGACUUUUUAACGAACAGAAAAAUAAUGAGUAUCAAAAAUGCAAGACGGUUCUUUAAUUCAAUAGCAUGUGUGGUGCCCUCAAUAUGCCUGAUGUUAGUGGCUUACACGAGGGACACGUUCCUCGCUGUCAUCUGUUUUGUAUUAUUUGUGAUGUGUCAUACCGCGAUGCACACAGGCUGGAUGAUAAAUUAUAUGGAUCUAUCACCAAACUUCAGCGGAGCUCUGAUGGCGUGCGGGAAUACAGUAACCAACGUAGUCGUGCUCGCUCUACCCGUCAUCGUUUCCAAUAUCGUGACUGAUGUUACUAAUCAGUAUCAAUGGCGGAUCACAAUGUUCCUGAUGGCUGGCCUCACGCUCACCGCUAAUAUCAUCUUCAUCAUAUUUAUGUCUGCUGAAGUCCAACCUUGGAAUGAUAGUAACGGUAAUACAACGGACAAUAAAUCAGAAUACGAAGCCAUACAGCCAGAAUCAGAACAAAAUAAAGAAAGUGACAAUUCAUAAAUUAUUUUUUAAUUAGUUACUAACUUACCUUCGACCUAAAUUAGCUGGACAGGCUGGUUUAGUGAUGAAGCCGCGAUG